AUGCAUAGAACGGCAAUAUUUCUAACUUACCGAUCAUGUAUGAGAAAUUUCAGUACACUGAGUAAAACAUUAACGGUUUCUUCUGGUAAAGUAAUCAGAAACGGUCCAUUUAGGAGAGUAAUUCGUGAAAAGAACCAAAUAACGAAGGCGCCAUCAGUAAAAGCAUUUAAAGAAAAUAGCAAUAGCGGGAUAAUAAAAGUACAUGAUCCUAUAGCUACUACGAUACUUAAUGAACCGACAGUUAUUAUCGAAAGGCAAAUAGAAUUUAUGAACGUUUUUCUAGGUUUCGAGCAGGCUAAUAGGUAUGCCAUAAUGGAUGUGAACGGAAACAAAAUAGCAUCAAUGAUGGAAAGAGAUUUUUCUAUAACAAAGGCCAUAAUGCGGCAGUUUUAUCGUCUACAUCGUCCUUUUUUGGUAGAUGUCUUUGAUAAUUGGGGAAAUGUAAUAAUGACGAUUAAAAGGCCCUUUUCGUUCAUCAAUUCUCAUAUAAAGACUAUCAUACCUCCUUCCGCGUAUGUUGAUAAUGGCAGUGACUCCACUCACUAUCACGACGGUAAAGAAGGAACGACAGUAGGAGAGACCAUUCAGAACUGGCAUCUCUGGAGGCGUCGUUACGAAUUAUUCCAGAAAGAUGGAGUAGAAGGAUCCACUUUUGACCAAUUUGGUAAGAUAGAUGCACCUUUCUUAUCAUUUGAUUUUCCUGUAACAGAUGCUGAUGGUAAGAUAAUGGCGAGUGUAGACAGAAAUUGGGUUGGUUUAGGAAGAGAAAUGUUUACCGAUACUGGUGUUUAUGUUGUUAGAUUUGAUUCGCAGAGAUGCUUUGAUAAUAUUUAUCCUACUGAGAUGCUAAGUUCUCAAGUACUAACUUUGGAUCAAAGGGCCGUGUUAUUAGCAAACGCUGUGUCCAUCGAUUUCGAUUAUUUUUCGAGACAUUCCAGACAAACUGGAGGUUUCCUUUCUUUUGGCGGUGGCUAUGAUGAGUAG